UUUGACUUUCCACUUCAGUAACUGGCGAGGGGUAGACCUCAUGUUGAGGAGAGAGCCCAGUGAUGGAGAUGGAGAAGACAGAAGUUGUCACCAAGGAGACUCUACUCAAAGCACCAUCAGCUGCCUACCAUGCCCUGGAUCCAGAGCUUGGGGGUUGCUGUGAUCUCUGUCCGGGCUGUGGCUCCUGUCCAGGAUGCGACUCCUGUCCGAGUUGUGGAUCCUGUCCGGGCUGUGGAUCCUGUCCGGGAUGCGGCUCCUGUCCAGGUUGCUGCUGCCCCCCCUGCUGUGGUUGUGACUCCUGUCCCAGCUGUGACUCCUGCCCCAACUGCUGUUGCUGCCCGAGCUGCUGCUGCCCCCCCAGCUGCGACUGUUGCUGCCCCCCCAGCUGCGACUGCUGCUGCCAGCUGUGCUGCUGCCUCCCACGCCUGCUAUGCCAACUGCCCAAACUAGUUGGCUGCCCGGUGAACAUCAAGAGGUUCCUGAUCGUCCUGGUGGUUGUUGGCCUGGUGGUGCUGGUUGUCGUGGGCGCUCUUCUGAUGGGGCUGCACAUCACCCAGGUGCACACGGAGGCCCUUCUGCACAUGACCAUUGACGAGUUGGACGGAGAAGAGUCCCAGUUGAAGUUCUCCAUUGAUAAGGAAGAAGUAGCCACUUAUUAUGUGGAUGACGGGAUCCACAACCCAGCCACCAUCAUUUAUGAUUUUGCCAAGCUGCUGAUUGGCUACAAACCUGAACAUCAAAAAACCUGUUACAUUACCAGGAUGGAUAAGGAAAAUGUCCAAGGAGUAGAUGCUCUCCUCCAAGAAUUCCAGACCAAGUUGUCCGUCAUGCAUCUCAUGUCAAAGAGGAAGGAGCAAGUGCAUGAAGAAUUCUUUACAUCCCAGGUGGAUCGUUCAAACUUGGGAACCACAAUUAACGUCCUCUGCAAACACAUUCCCAUCUUCUACACUUAGAAACCUGGAUUGAUGGGCAUCCAUGGAGACCAGGGGUAAGAGGAAGCAAGUGCACAUCAGGAUGUCAGCAUACCAAUGAAGCAAAUUUCGUAAUUCUUUCCUCAGAAACUAUCCUGCAGUGAUACUUGCUGUCCCAUUGCUAAUCCCUGUCCUGCUUUUAUUACCUCUGUUCCUAAUCACUGCCAAUCCUCUUGGAGAUAACGGGUGACAAAGCUUAAAAGAUUUCGUAUAGCUGGUGCCUAUGACUUUGAAUACUAAAUAAUUACUAAUCAAAAUACUAAAUGCCUUAUGCAAUUCAGUACAAAAUUCUAAUAAAACAGAAUUUGAUACAAAAA